CAGAUUUUUUCGUCUUUGGAAAUUUCACAUUUCCUGGUUCUAAGCUGUUGAACAUUAGCAUAAAUCAGCCGUCUUCGCUAACUCAAACUUAUUAUCAGGAAUCUCCAAAGUUCAAAUAUUCCCCCUAAAUCCACUCUAAAAACGGCCGAAUAGGGUUGUGAUCCCGCGAAGAUGGACUUACUCUAAAAGAAACCUGUCCUCAGUUCAGAUUGCAGACCGCAAACUCCAUAUAUAUAUAUAUAUAUAUAUAUAUAUCAUAACUCAUAGCCGUAAAAUCCUGAAAUCCUAAACAUCACAGGACAUGAGAAAGAUGAUCAGGUGUCUUAGUUUUAUCCAUGUUCUGCUGCUGUCUGUCUCUUGUUUUGCUUCAGGAACCGCCAGAGGCGAUUUUGCGCAAUGCAUGUCGGCCCAACUCACUCCGCACAUGGAUCCCUUCACGGUCAUCCACUCUUCAAAGUCAUCCUCUUACUCGUACCUACUGGAGUCCUCCCAGCAAAACCCGAGGUGGGUGAACUCAACAGCCACGAAGCCUCUCUUCAUCAUCACGCCCUUACACGAGUCCCAGGUCCAGGCUGCUGUGCUCUGCAGCAGGGCCCAUGGCCUGCAGAUCAGGGUCCGAAGUGGUGGCCAUGACUAUGAAGGCCUUUCCUACCUUUGUGGAACUCUGUUCGUCCUCAUCGACCUCGUAAAUCUUCGGUUAGUGGAGAUCAAUAUGACCGAUGAGACUGCUUGGGUCCAGUCUGGGGCGACCCUCGGGGAACUGUACUAUGGUAUCGCAAAGGAGAGUCAGGUCCAUGGAUUUCCUGCCGGUUUGUGCCCCAGCGUAGGGGUUGGCGGGCAUCUCAGUGGAGGCGGAUUCGGUACAAUGCUUCGGAAAUAUGGCCUUGCCGCGGACAAUGUCGUUGAUGCAUACCUCAUUGAUGUCAAUGGGAGGGUGCAUGAUAGAAAAUCAAUGGGAGAGGAUCUGUUUUGGGCCAUAAGAGGAGGUGGCGGGGCGAGCUUCGGGAUCGUACUGGCAUGGAAGAUCAAGCUCGUUCGGGUUCCACCAACAAUGACCGUGUUCACGAUCCCUAAAUGGCUCGAUCAAGGAGCAAUCGAACUAGUCCACAGGUGGCAGUUUAUCGCAGAUAAAUUGCCGGAAGAGCUCUUCAUCCGGGUGAUCAUUCAAAAGGUGAGUGAUGGAAAAGCAGCACAAUCUAUCUUCAACUCCUUGUUCCUGGGUAAAGCAGAGAGCCUGAUACCGUUGAUGGACCAAAACUUCCCGGAGCUUGGACUCAAGGCCACAGACUGCACCGAGAUGAGUUGGAUCCAGUCCGUUAUGUACUUCGCAGGGUACCAAAAGGGAGAGGGUUUGGAGGUUUUACUUGACCGGACGACCCAAUACAAGAGCAACUUCAAGGCAAAAUCCGACUACGUAAAGGAGCCCAUACCCGAAACUGGACUUAAAGGUAUAUGGGAUAGGAUUUCGGAAGAGAAGAUAGCGUUCGUGAUAAUGGACCCAUAUGGUGGAAGGAUGAGCGAGAUAUCGGAAUCCGAACUUCCGUUCCCCAACCGAAAAGGGAAUCUUUACAACAUACAAUACUUGGUGAAGUGGGAACAGAAUGAUGCCAGAGAGACCAACAAGCAUGUACAUUGGAUCAGGAUGUUAUAUCGGUACAUGACACCUUACGUUUCAAAGUCACCUCGAUCUGCAUAUGUGAAUUACAGAGAUCUCGAUUUGGGCAUGAGCGCCAGUGGCAAUGGAAGUUAUCUUCGGGCUAGCAUUUGGGGACCAAAGUACUUCAAGAACAACUGGAAGAGAUUGGGCAUGGUGAAACAAGUUGCUGAUCCGGAAAACUUCUUCCGAAAUGAACAAAGCAUUCCACCCUAUGUCGCUGCCGGGCAAAGGUACAAAUAG